AUGUCUAUUACGCACACAAUCCCAACCUACCAUUCGGCGCCAAACUACUCGAUUCCGCCUCCCGAUGCUAAUGGGCCGUUGCAACUCGGAUCGCUGCUUUGUGAGCUAAGGGACCUCGCUCCGCUGAAUACUAAAGAUCGGAGACCGGUCCUAGAAGGCGACAUAUUUCGAUCUCACAAGGAUCGCUUUGGAACGGCAAUGAGUCGCCAGGCCAGCGGGGACAUGGGCAUCUUCGCAAAGCUGCUGGGACUAGACGGGGUCGGCGGCAAGCUCAGAAUCAACGGGGCACUGUCUAAGAACGAGAUGCUAUUAGUAGACCGUCUUGACACCAUGUACUUCGACCCGUCCACCGAGUACAUGAAGCUCGCGAUGCAGACUCCGUCCGUACGAGCCUUUCGCGAUGCCACUCGUGACCGAGAGCCGCUGUUCAUGGUCACCGGCAUCAAGAUCGCCCGUGGUGCGUCGGCAUCGGCCAUGGGGAGCCAAGCAUUGGGCGGAGGCGUGGAGGCCGGGAUGCCGGACUUGGCCACCGGCCUUGUCCAGAUAGGAGCCACGGCUGGUGGUGAGAUGAGUAGAGAAAGCCAGAUGGGCUUCCAGAGCUCGUCGGAUUUUGUGCUGGGCUAUCGGGUCUCGCUGAUCAAUAUGAAGAAGAAUACGGAGAGGCCGAAGGUGUACACCCGUGGGGCCACGUUCGUUUCCGAUGAUGUGCAGGAAGAUGUCGACGAAGAUAGGGGAGAGCCGGAUGCAGUUCAUGAUUUUGCCCCGGAAUCCAUGGAGUCCGGCAGCAUGUUUCUAGAUCAGACAGGUAUAACGGAUGCCGGACCUUGCAGAUGGGUGCUGCACAAUGUGUAG